CGAGGUUUUGGCGUCAGCUUAAUUAUCGGUUCAUACAUGAUGAGUAGUUUUGUAACUUUGAGAAAUUUGUAGAUGGUCCUACGAUACAGUAUCGAUAUUUCAAUCAUCGAUAGUUUUUGAUAGUCAAGGCUUACUAGACAAAGGUCCCCGUUUACUUAUUUGGAAGGUAAUUUUUCUCACUUUGAACAUAAUGAUAAUACAAAUAUGUAAUUAUAAAUCAUCGACCUAAGAUCGAUGCUAUAAAUAUUAAUUGAAAUUUAAUGUGACAUUUUUCCUUAAGUGAAUGAUAGCAACCUUGAAACAUUUCCUGAAAUAGUUAUAAAAUAUUUCUGUUGAACUAUAAUUUAACUAUUCAGAGAAGCAACAAAUUUUAAAUUAUAUAUUAAAAUAACAAGAUUUUUUUAUUAUAAUUGCUAAAAAUGGUUUUCAAGGCAAUCUAUUUUGGCUAACGAACCUCGAACGAAGCUUCAUUUUUUCUCUACAAGAGUCUCGCCACCAGCAUCCUGACCGUUCAUAGAACUUCCUCUCAAGCCUAGUGUGUCCAUGGAUUUUAAUGGAAUCCGAGCAGAAUCCCUAACACCAUUGGACACACUGGGCUUGAGUGGAAAUUCCACGAACGGUCAAAAUGCUGAGAGGCUGGGCCCGCAUGUGCAUAACAUUUGGCACGGGAGACAAAAUAUGUAUUUGUAUGUAUUUACAUACAUUUAUAGCAAUAGCAUAGCAAGUUUCUCUGUAAAUUGCCAAUUGCCACUAUUAUAUCCUGGAAUUGAGACACUGAUGGUGAUUGGUGAUGGGGAUGCCAUGCCAUCAGUCCCGUUUAUCUUUCUCCAUCCAUGUUCUCAUAGGUGGACAUCAAUCAUCACAUGUCGCUGUCAUAAACCGUCAUUAUGACAAUGUCAUACUGUCAUUACACCAUGUACAUAGAACACCUGUUGAUUUAUUCUAUGAUUCCAGAUCCAUUGUGCCCUUUACCAUAGUUACCGGGCAUAGGUGACAAUAGAACUCUGCAUAUAACCAUUGUGUAUUUACGAUACUUAUAAUGUGCAGUGCUAUGUGCUACUAUGAUAGAAAGCACAAUAUACGAUUGUAAUGUUACUUUUUAAUUAAAUACUUUAGCCAUUUCUACUGUAACUAGUUAUACAUAUUUCGAUAUAUGUUUGUACGUAUUACGAAUUGCAUAGAUCUAGUACAUAUACAUGUACAAAAAAUAAAACACAAUAUCGUACAAUAUUUGCAUAACAAUUGUAUAUGUACAUUACAUAUGUACAUAUAGUUUUUUUGGCGACCCACAACGCUCUCUACUGUUCGUUACGCAAAAUAAACUUUAGUAUGUAUGCAUAUAUGUAUGUAUAUUCAAAUUUUAAUUUUCUGACUAUGUAUACACUAUGUUAUACAUAUUAAAUGUAACAACUAAAUAACCAAUGCCAUGACAAUUGAUAUUUUGAAAUGAGUACCAUCAUAUUUGGAAUAUUUAUGAUUUGACACAUAUUGUUGUCUGGCAUAACUAAUAAUAAAGAACAGAAGGAAAUUACACUAAGCAGAAUUAUAAUUUUUACAUCACUUACAUCUAAACGUUGUCUAGAAACGUUGAAUUAAUUUUUGAACAUGGCAUCUACGUCUAAGAAGCAAACUGCCAUUACUCUUAAGAAAAAGGGGCCACCAAAGUUAGAUUUGACAAUAGAACAGAAGAACGAUAUAAAAGAAGCAUUUGAUUUAUUUGAUCCAGAUGGGACUGGAAGAAUUGCUACUAAAGAACUUAAAGUAGCCAUUAGAGCUCUCGGAUUUGAGCCUAAAAAGGAAGAAAUGAAAAAACUAAUAGCUGAUGUUGAUCCUGAUGGUCUUGGUACCUUAUCGUUUGAAGAAUUUUUGAAAUUAAUGUCUACAAAAAUGUUAGAAAAAGAUACGAAAAAUGAAGUUUUGAAAGCAUUCCGAUUAUUCGAUGAUGAUAAUACAGGAAAAAUAACAUUUAAGAAUUUAAAAAGAGUCGCUCGUGAAUUAGGUGAAAAUCUUACAGAUGAAGAAUUACAAGAAAUGAUAGACGAAGCAGAUAAAGAUGGUGAUGGAGAAAUUUCUCAAGAAGAAUUCCUACGUAUCAUGAAAAAAACAAGUUUAUAUUAAUUUCUCUUAAUUGUGUAGUUACCAAUAACUUUUGAUCUAAUUAUUCAUUAAGCAAUAUUUCUUUAUAUUUAUUAUCUUAAAAUGGAGCACAAUAAGAAAAGAAAGUUUUAUGUUGCACACAUAUAAUCUAUAUAAUAAAAAUCUGUUUAUAACAGUACAUGAAUAAUAUAAUAAUAACGUUAAGUAUAUAAUGUAAAUAAAUGAUUAAACAGAUAAUUAUGAAUCAUUUUAUUAGUAAUGCAAAUGUAUCUCAUACACUGUGA